AUGUUUAUCUUCCCUGGAGGCGAAGUGUUCAUGGAUAUCCGGAUAUACCUAAAGCCUACUUCUGGGAAAAUUGUGCUAUGCAAGUACCCUCAUGACAAACCGGUUUGCUCGAUGAGGAUUAGUUCAUUGGGUUUUACAUCUGACUCCGUCGAAUUUGAAUGGUUUUCCGAUAUUGGAGAUGCGAUUCAGUUGCAUCGCGAUCUCGAGAUUCCUGAGCUUUCCCUCAUAGCCGUUAAUGCUACCAAAUGUGAUGGAAUGAGAAAGUCAGGUAUGUUACAAUGCCUAUAAUU